AUGAUUGUGGCGCCGAUGUACCCAGAAAUUUUACGACUCGCCAACCUAUUGUCGCGAAAAUUCGUUCUAAAUACGAUUGAUCGCGACGCAAUCCGGCGUGGCGGAACAUUCCUCCGAAUCAAAGGCCCGCACAUCAUCCACAAGCGCUGUGGAUUGUACAGUAUGAAGAUGAGGGGGCAGCCGCUCUACGCGAUGCUCAUUUUCCUAUGGAUGUGCUACACGACAGAAGCAGCCCGACGAGGUACCCAAGCGUGCGACCCGGUGAAGUCGUUCAACUGCACGUCUGAGCCCACGAAAUGCAUUCCGCUCUCCUGGAAAUGCGAUGGCGACACGGACUGCGCGCAAGGAGAAGACGAAGUGGGCUGUGAGGGCCCAUGCCCGAACGGCGAAUUCCGAUGUGGCGACAAGGGAACAUCAAUGCUCACCGCCAAGGGAAUCAACACUUGCAUUCCCGAGAACUGGAGAUGUGACGGGGAAUUCGACUGUGAUGACCAUUCCGACGAACAGGGAUGCGACCAAAAGAAUAUUACAUGUGAUGGCCAGUUCAAAUGUUCCGAGUUUGACGGCCAAUUCACACUCUGCAUCCCACUCUCGUGGCGCUGCGACGGACAGAACGACUGCGCCAGCGGUGACGACGAGCACGAUUGCGGCGAGAAGAACUGCACGGCCGGCGAUUUCAAGUGCGGAAAUGGCGUCUGCAUCUUCGGGAGCUGGAAGUGCGACGGAGAGGACGAUUGCGGCGAUGGCAGCGAUGAAGCGCCGGCUCUGUGCGCGAAUUCUCCAGAUUCCGGUUGCGCGUCAAAGCCGAACAUGUUCCAGUGCAAAUCCAAGAACGGCUGCGUCCCAAAGGAAUGGGUCUGCGAUGGCGAGAGCGACUGCAGCGACCACUCCGAUGAAGCCGAUUGCAAGGCCAACCAGCCUCCAGCGCAAUGCUCGUCUCGGGAAUUCGCCUGCAAGACCGGAAAGCACUGCAUAAAUCUAUUGUGGAUGUGCGACGGCGAGGUGGAUUGUCCCGACGGAUCCGACGAGACGGCAUGCGAAGCAACGACCUGCGGCAGCGAGGAGAAGAGGUGCAAAGGGGUGCGCGGCAAGUGCCUGCCUGCUAAAUUCUGGUGCAACGGAGAAGAGGACUGUCCGCAUGGUGAUGACGAGGAGGACUGCCCAGAUGAGCCCAAACCCACCGUCUGCGACGCUGGCACCGAGUACACAUGCCCGAAGGGCCAGAUGCGGUGCGUCCGCAAGGAUCAGCUCUGCACCGUCAGCAAAUUCAAUUGCGAUGACGAGGAACUGUGCCGGGGCAACGUAACCCAAUGCAAACCCAAGUCGUCGUAUUGCAAUUGUCGCGAUUCCUACGUCAAGGGUGGCCAGGUCUGCUUAUGCAAUCGUGGCUUCCGGUCUGUUUCUGAUGUUUGUCAAGAUAUCGACGAGUGCAAGGAGAUCCCCGGCGUUUGCGAUCAAAUUUGCAAGAACACCCCCGGCUCCUACCACUGCGCGUGCCAUCCGGGCUAUAAGCUCAGCCAGGGCAACGGCUCUGUCGCGACGAAAUGCCGAGCUCUAGGCGGAGACCCGCUCGUGCUCCUUUCCAACCGUGCCACCAUCCGCCAAUUCGACAUCGUCACCAACGAGCAUCAACCCCUCGUUCGCUCUCCCGGCUCGGCCGUCGCGAUGGACUUCCACUUGAAAAAUAAUACGAUCAUCUGGUCGGACAUCUCGCAGCAAAAGAUCCUCAUGUGCAAGAUGAUCAACCACACCGUCAAUCCCAAGGACAAGGACCAAGUCAUUUUGGAUGGGAGCAACUGCAACGAGCAGUCCAACCAGUUCACCAUCGACGGCAGCCAGGUGCACACGCCGGACGGCCUCGCCGUCGACUGGGUGCACAACUUGCUCUUCUGGACUGAUGGAGGGCUCGACCAGAUCAACGUGAUGAACCUCAACACCAGGCAGAAGAAGACGCUCUUUGUCGACCAGCUCCAGGAGCCGAGGGCCAUCGCCGUCGACCCGGAGCUUGGGUUGAUUUUCUGGACCGACUGGGGCCAGUCGGCGAAGAUCGAGCGCUCCGGAAUGGAUGGUACUCACCGAACGACUAUCGUUGAAGGCGAUCACGUCAAAUGGCCGAACGGCUUGGCGCUUGACCUGCUUGACAAACGCGUCUACUGGGCCGAUGCCAAGAUCAAGUCCAUCUUCUCCAGCGACUACUAUGGCCAAGACAUCAAGGUCGUCCUCCACUCCCACUCCUACCUCCGCCAUCCCUUCUCGUUGGCCGUCUUCGAGGAUCGCGUCUACUUCACCGACUGGGAGCACGACGGCGUCAUUACUGUCAACAAGUUCACCGGUGAAGGUGUGCAGAAGCUCAUGGGCCGCGUCAACACCCCGAUGACCGUGCGCAUCUACCACAAGCAGGCUCAGCCCGAGCACGCCAACAAGUGCUUGAUUCCGGACGAUUCCGAUAAGAAUAAGGGUGUGGACCCUUGCUUCGCUCAAGAUAGGCUCUGUCUACCCACCGGUGCCAUCCGUGCAAAGACCAGUGCCCAAGAGACCAAGAGUUACAACGGCAAACCGUACACUUGCGUCUGCCAGGGCGGAAUUGGAACCGCGCUCGAAGAAGCCGAAUGCAUUGCCGAAGUGGUGGCCGGACGGGGCUUCUCCCUGUCGACGAUGUUCUUCUUUGCACUCCUUGCUGUCAUCUGCGUUGGAGGCUACGCCUUCUACCGUAACCGCGUCCGCGGCGGCGCGUUCACCGCUCUGAACUUUGACAACCCGGUGUACCGACGGACUGUCGUCCCGGAUAUGGACGAUCCGUUCAGGGAUCCGUUUGGUGGCGGUCAAGUCUCCGUGACGAACCCCACCCAAGUCGAGCAGCCGACGCGUCUCGUGCUGCACGAUGACCAGGACGAGUUGCACACCCAGCAGAUGCCCAUC